AUGCUUGCGAUGAUUUGGAUAUUCAUCGUGCUUAUCGGGAUAGCAUCAGUUGAAGGUCGCACUAAUGCCAGUGGAGUUUUACUCGUAAAUACCAUUUGGUCUAUUGCAAAAAGUCCUAUCUAUAUCACGGGUAAUAUUGGUGUUCCAGACAACGUACGGCUUACUAUUGAAGCAGGUGUUCAAGUAAUCUUUCCAAAUAACGGAAACUACCAAAUUUUAGUCAAAGGUGGAAGUCUCACUGUACGAGGCUCUUCAAAAUCCUCGGUGCGUUUUAUUGCUCAAGGACUCAGUGAUUCCAAUUGCAUGAUUACGUUUAAAGGCUCUCAACUGUCGAAAAGUUCAUUCUCUUAUGCUUACUUCGAAGGCCCGAAAGGUGCUAUAUGUUUACAGAAUUCGGCCGAUGGGUUACCUCAAAAUGCAUAUACCGUUCGAUCUGAAUUUGUUACCUUCAACAGGACAACGAUCCUCGCAGCUGGUGAUCUAAAUAAAAAUGGAAACAAUAGUAAGCAGCAUUAG